CCUGCGAGCCACUUGGCCACAACGGAGGGCAGAGGAAGAGGACGAUGGGCUGCCUGGGGAUCGUGCUGCUGCUUGGCCUCACCUUCUUCCUUCAGGAGGGUCUGUCUGCUCAGGCGGAGGGGCUGCUCUUCCGAGGAUCUGGGCCUGGCCUGAGGCGGCAGAAGAGAGACUGGGUCAUCCCUCCGAUUCUUUGCUCUGAGAAUGAGAGGGGGCCUUUCCCCAAGAACCUGGUGCAGAUCAAGUCCAGCAAAGACAAAGAAAGCAUCGUCUACUACAGCAUCACCGGGCAGGGGGCCGACAUCCCUCCGGUCGGCACCUUCAUCAUCGAGAGGGAAACCGGCAUGCUGAAGGUGACCCGCCCACUAGACAGGGAGAAGAUUCCCCGCUACGUGAUGCUUUGCCACGCGGUGUUAGCCAAUGGCCAGACAGCAGAGGACCCCAAGGAGAUCAUCAUCAAUGUUGGCGACCAGAAUGACAACCGUCCAGUGUUCACCCAGAGGGUCUUCGAAGGGUCCGUGGAAGAGGGAGCUAAACCAGGGACAUCGGUGAUGACAGUGACGGCCACGGAUGCAGAUGACGCCAUAGACUCCUAUAAUGGCGUCAUCACUUACUCCAUCCUCAGCCAGGAGCCGGAGCCGGAAAAACAGAGGUUCACCAUCAAUAAGGAAACUGGCCUGAUCAGCGUGGUUGUGUCUGGUCUGGACCGAGAGAAAGCCCCCAAGUACACUCUGAUUGUGCGAGCCGCGGACCUGGCGGGGCAAGGCCUUUUCUCCACUGCAACCGCAGUGAUCCAGGUUGCCAACUCCAGCGAGGGCCACCACACUUCCCUGAGCGUCCAUGCGCUGAAUGUGCUCACUGGCCUCCCUGCCACUGGCCUGGGCGUGCACCUCUCUCAGCUCCGAGACUCCAAUCAGGCCUGGAUGGAGCUCAUGACAAGCGCGACCAGCACGGAUGGGCGCAUGGACAGGAGCCCACUGGCCUCCCUGCAGCUGGAGAGUGGCACCUACAAGCUGCGCUUUGCCACGGGGGAGUACUGGCAGCAGCAGGGCCUCAGCAGCUUCUACCCUUACGUGGAGGUUGUCUUCACCAUCACAAAGGCCGAACGGAAGGUGCACGUCCCGCUGCUGCUCAGCCCCUACUCCUACGCAACCUACCGGGGGAGCUAGUGCCAGAGCUGCGGCUUCCCUCAGGGCGGGGCUGCUGUGGGAUCCUGGGCCGUCCAGAUGGGGCUGCCCCCAAGGCCAGCUGUGACGCUACUCAGGGUGGGCCUAAUAAAAGAUCUACCUUGAA